AUGGGCGACUGUGCCGCCGGGCUGGGCCUGCAGUGUCGUGAUGGCUACGAGCCCUGUGUGAAUGAAGGCGUGUGUGUCACCUACCACAAUGGCACCGGCUACUGCAGAUGUCCCGAGGGCUUCUUGGGAGAAUACUGCCAGCACCGCGACCCCUGUGACAAGAGCCGCUGCCAGAACGGCGGCACGUGUGUGGCCCAGGCCAUGCUGGGGAAAGCCUUGUGCCGCUGCGCCCCGGGCUUCACGGGGGAGAACUGCCAGCACUCCACCUCGCACCCCUGCUUCAUGACGCGCCCCUGCCUCAAUGGGGGCACCUGCCACAUGCUGAGCCGGGACACGUACGCCUGCACCUGCCAAGUCGGCUUCACAGGUAAACUGUGCCAGUGGUCGGACGCCUGCCUGUCCCAGCCCUGCGCCAACGGCAGCACCUGCUCCACCGUGGCCAACCAGUUCUCCUGCCGCUGCCGGGCCGGCUUCACGGGCCCCAAGUGUGAGACCGACAUCAACGAGUGCGACGUCCCGGGCCAGUGCCGGCACGGGGGCACCUGCCUCAACCUGCCGGGCUCCUUCCAGUGCCAGUGCCCCCAGGGCUUCACCGGCCAGCGCUGCGACAGCCCCUACGUGCCCUGCGCCCCCUCCCCCUGCGUCAACGGGGGCACCUGCCGGCAGACGGGGGACUUCAGCUUCGAGUGCAGCUGCCUUCCAGGUUUCGAAGGGAGCACCUGUGAGCGGAAUAUCGACGACUGCCCCCACCACAAGUGUCAGAAUGGAGGGGUCUGCGUGGACGGGGUCAACACGUACAACUGCCGCUGCCCGCCGCAGUGGACAGGACAGUUCUGCACGGAGGACGUGGACGAGUGCCUGCUGCAGCCCAACGCCUGCCAGAACGGCGGCACCUGCACCAACCGCAACGGCGGCUACGGCUGCGUGUGCGUCAACGGCUGGAGCGGCGAGGACUGCGGCGAGAACAUCGACGACUGUGCCUUCGCCUCCUGCACCCCCGGCUCCACCUGCAUCGACCGCGUGGCCUCCUUCUCCUGCAUGUGCCCCGAGGGGAAGGCAGGCCUCUUGUGCCACCUGGACGACGCCUGCAUCAGCAACCCCUGCCACAAGGGGGCACUGUGCGACACCAACCCCCUCAACGGGCAGUACAUCUGCACCUGCCCUCAGGGCUACCGAGGGGCGGACUGCACGGAGGACGUGGACGAGUGCGCCAUGGCCAACAGCAACCCCUGUGAGCACGCGGGCAAGUGCGUGAACACCGACGGCGCCUUCCACUGCGAGUGUCUGCGGGGCUACGCGGGGCCCCGGUGCGAGAUGGACAUCAACGAGUGCCACUCGGACCCCUGCCAGAACGACGCCACCUGCCUGGACAAGAUCGGCGGCUUCACGUGCCUGUGCAUGCCAGGUUUCAGAGGCGUGCACUGUGAGCUGGACAUCAACGAGUGUCAGAGCAACCCCUGCGUGAACAACGGCCAGUGUGUGGACAAGGUCAACCGCUUCCAGUGCCUGUGCCCGCCCGGUGAGUGCCCGCCGCGGCCCCCGCUCCCUGUGGAGCCCAGCGCUGACCGCAGGCGGCGCAGCGGGGCGAGCGGCGUGGCCACCUGGGGCGGGCGGGGGGACGUCUGCCUCGGCUCUGACUCGUACCCCUCCCCAGGGUUCACCGGCGUGCUGUGUGAGGAGAACGUGGACAACUGCGACCCCGACCCCUGCCACCACGGCCAGUGCCAGGACGGCAUCGACUCCUACACCUGCGUCUGCAGCCCCGGCUACAUGGGCGCCAUCUGCAGCGACCAGAUCGACGAGUGCUACAGCAGCCCCUGCCUGAACGAGGGCCGCUGCAUCGACCUGGUGAACGGCUACCAGUGCAACUGCCAGCCCGGCACCUCCGGCGUCAACUGCGAGAUCGACUUCGACGACUGUGCGAGCAGCCCCUGCGCCCACGGAGUCUGUCUGGACGGAGUGAACCAGUACAGCUGCGUCUGCCCCCCCGGAUUCACAGGCCAGAGAUGCCACCUGGACAUCGACGAGUGUGCCUCCGGGCCCUGCCGCAAGGGCGCCACCUGCGUCAACGACGUCAACGGCUUCCGCUGCCUGUGCCCCGAGGGGCCCCUGCACCCCAGCUGCUACCUGCAGGCGAACGAGUGCCUGAGCAACCCCUGCAUCCACGGGAACUGCACCGGCGGCCUCGGCGGGUACAAGUGUGUCUGCGACGCCGGCUGGGUGGGCACCAACUGCGAGGUGGACAGAAACGAGUGCCUGUCCCACCCGUGCCUCAACGGCGGCACGUGCGACAACCUGGUGAACGGGUACAGAUGCACCUGCAGGAAGGGCUUCAAAGGCCUGAACUGCCAGGUUAACAUCGACGAGUGCGCUUCCAACCCGUGCCUGAACCAGGGGACCUGCCUCGACGACGUGAGCGGCUACGUCUGUCAUCGACUUUGUCGCUUCUCUGCAGGCAAGAACUGCCAGAUCGUGCUGGCUCCCUGCUCCCCAAACCCUUGUGAGAACGGGGCCGUUUGUAAAGAGGCUGCGAACUUUGAGAGUUACUCCUGCCUCUGUGCUCCCGGCUGGCAAGGCCCGCGUUGCGCCGUGGACGUGGACGAGUGCGUGUCCCAGCCCUGCAGGAACCGCGGCACCUGCCACAACACCCAGGGCAGCUACGUGUGCGAGUGCCCGGCCGGCUUCAGCGGGGCCGACUGCGAGGAGGACGUGGACGACUGCCUGGCCAGUGAGUGCGCGGGGCCCUUGGCGUGCGUCCCGGGGUACCAGGGCGUCAACUGUGAGUACGAGGUGGACGAGUGCCAGCACCGGCCCUGCCAGAACGGAGGCACCUGCAUCGACCUCGUGAACCACUUCAAGUGCUCCUGCCCGCCGGGCACUCGGGGUCUGCUUUGCGAGGAGAACGUCGACGACUGCGCCGGCGGCCCCCGCUGCCUCAAUGGCGGUCAGUGUGUGGACAGGAUCGGGGGCUACAGCUGCCGCUGCCCGCCCGGCUUCGCGGGCGAGCGCUGCGAGGGCGACAUCAACGAGUGCCUGUCCAGCCCCUGCAGCUCCGAGGGCAGCCUGGACUGCGUCCAGCUCACCGACGACUACCAGUGCGUCUGCCGCAGCGCCUUCACGGGCCGCCACUGUGAGACCUUCAUCGACGUGUGUCCCCAGAGGCCUUGCCUGAACGGAGGCACCUGCGCCGUGGCCAGCAACAUGCCCGACGGCUUCAUCUGCCGCUGCCCCCCGGGAUUCUCGGGGGCCCGGUGCCAGAGCAGCUGCGGACAACUGAAGUGCCGGCGAGGGGAGCAGUGCGUGCACACGGCCGCGGGGCCCCGCUGCUUCUGCCCCGACCCCCAGGACUGCGAGUCCGGCUGCGCCAGCGGCCCCUGCCAGCACGGGGGCAGCUGCUACCCCCAGCGCCAGCCUCCCUACUUCUCCUGCCACUCUAAGGUGUUUCUGGAAAUCGACAACCGCCAGUGUGUGCAGGACUCUGACCAGUGCUUCAAGAGCACGGACGCGGCCGCGGCCCUCCUGGCCUCGCACGCCAUCCAGGGCACCCUGUCCUACCCGCUCGUGUCUGUCGUCAGCGAGUCCCUGAUUCCGAAGCCCACUCAGCUUCUCUACCUCCUGGCCGUCGCCGUCCUCAUCAUCCUGUUCAUCAUCCUGCUGGGGGUCAUCAUGGCCAAGCGGAAGCGCAAGCACGGCUCCCUCUGGCUGCCCGAAGGCUUCACCCUCCGCCGAGACUCCAGCAACCACAAGCGCCGGGAGCCGGUGGGGCAGGACGCCGUGGGGCUCAAAAAGACCCUUAUCAGAGCUAAGCGGGUGGCGAAUACGAAACAAGCUGCCGAUGGGUGCACCCCGCUCAUGCUGGCUUCUCUCCGAGGGGGCAGCUCAGACGUGAGCGACGAGGACGAAGACGCAGAGGACUCUUCUGCCAACAUCAUCACCGACCUGGUCUACCAGGGCGCCAGCCUGCAGGCCCAGACGGACCGCACCGGCGAGAUGGCCCUGCACCUGGCGGCCCGCUACUCCCGGGCGGACGCCGCCAAGCGCCUCCUGGACGCGGGCGCGGACGCCAAUGCCCAGGACAACAUGGGCCGCUGCCCUCUGCACGCCGCCGUGGCCGCGGACGCCCAGGGGGUCUUCCAGAUUCUGAUCCGCAACCGCGUAACGGAUCUUGAUGCCAGGAUGCAUGACGGCACCACACCCCUGAUCCUGGCUGCCCGCCUGGCGGUGGAGGGGAUGGUGGCAGAGCUGAUCAACUGCCAGGCCGACGUGAACGCCGUGGACGACCAUGGAAAAUCUGCUCUCCACUGGGCCGCCGCCGUCAAUAACGUGGAGGCGACGCUCCUGCUGCUGAAAAACGGGGCCAACCGGGACAUGCAGGACCUGCAGGAGGAGACGCCGCUGUUCCUGGCCGCGCGGGAGGGCAGCUACGAGGCGGCCAAGGUCCUCCUGGACCACUUCGCCAACCGCGACAUCACGGACCACAUGGACCGGCUGCCGCGCGACGUGGCCCGCGACCGCAUGCACCACGACAUCGUGCGGCUGCUGGACGAGUACAACGUGGCGCCCAGCCCGCCGGGAGCCGCGCUGCCCUCCGCCCUCUCGCCGGUCAUCUGCGGGCCCAACAGGGCUUUCCUCAGCCUGAAGCACACCCCGAUGGGCAAGAAGCCCCGGCGGCCCAACGCCAAGAGCGCCGUGCCCACCAGCCUCCCCAACCUGGCCCGGGAGGCCAAGGAGGCCAAGGGCGGCCGCAGGAAGAAGUCGCUGAGCGACAAGGGCCAGCUGUCCGAGAGCUCGGUGACCCUGUCGCCUGUCGACUCCUUGGAGUCUCCGCACACGUACGUGUCUGACGCCACCUCCUCGCCCAUGAUCACGUCCCCCGGGCUCUUGCAGGCCUCCCCCAACCCGCUGAUGGCCCCCGGGGCGGCCCCGGCCCCGGCCCACGCCCAGCACGCCCUGUCCUUCUCCAACCUGCACGAGCUGCAGCCUCUGGCGCACGGGGCCGGCCCGGCGCUGCCCUCCGUGAGCCAGCUGCUGACCCAGCACCACAUCGUGCCCCCCGGCGGCGGCGGCGUGGGGGGCCUGGGCCGGCUGCACCCCGUCACCGUGCCCGCGGACUGGAUGAACCGCGUGGAGGUGAGCGACACCCAGUACAGCGAGAUGUUCGGGAUGGUGCUGGCUCCCGCGGAGGGCGCCCACCCUGGCGCCGCCCCCCAGAGCCGGCCCCCCGACGCGAAGCACCUCCCCGCCCCGCGGGAGCCCUUGCCGCCCAUCGUGACUUUCCAGCUGAUCCCCAAAGGCGGAGUGGCCCAGCCGGCCGGGGCUCCCCAGCCCCAGCCCAGCUGCCCCCAUCGGGGCCGGCGCGAGCCGCCUCUCCCAAGUGCAGUGUCGUCCCGGGCUCCCCGCGCCGGUGGGCUGCCCGGCGCCUCCCUGAGCCAGGCCGUCCAGAGCCUCCACGAGGGACACCGUGUCCAGCAGCAGCUGCUUGCCGCGCAGAACGCAACUCGCCCCGGGUUCCGGCCCCAGCGCUUGUCGCCCUCCCGUCGGGCAUCGCAGGCUUGA